AUGAGACAGUAUCUGCUCCUCGUUCCCCUUCUCUGCUGGCUCCUCCCCGUCUGCCACGGUGGCAUCGGCUCCGCCCUCGUCCAAGGACGCCUUCUAUGUCAUAAGCAACCGUUUGCCGGGGAGAAAGUGGAGAUCUGGGCGAAAGCUUGGGGUAUGCAUGUAGAUCAAAUUAUUCGAGGCUCCGCCCCUUUUUUUCAAGGCUUCUUCGACAAACUUCUCGACUCCACGACCACUGACGCUUAUGGCUACUUUGCGUUGAAUGGGUCGUAUUAUGAAGCGCUGGCCACCAAACCUAUGAUCUACGCGUAUUUCGUGAACUACUGUGAGCCAGCCAUCCGAAAAGAGUCGUUCGUGUGUGGCAACUCUAUCAAGGCGUACAUCCCAUCGUCGUUUAUCACUAGUGGGAAGAAUCCGUUAGAGACAUUCCAUUUGGAUGAGUUGGAAGUGUCGACAGUGGAGAAUCAGCAGUUCGGGCUGGAGGCAAUUGUUUAUAGCUGGUUCGAUAGGAAGGAGUGUCGGGAUGAAUAG